CUGUCCAGUGAAGCUGAUAAUCCGAAUGAACCGCGAAAGGAAUGCGUUCGUAGUGAAGGAGUGGAAACACCAGCACAACCACAAUCCUUUAAAGGUUAAAAAGCCCAAGAAAUCAUGGGAACAAAAGUUCGCAGAUAGAAUGAGCGGGAAGAAGAAAGAAAGAAAAGGAAAAAACCAGAAAAAGACGCUGGAAGAAAGUGUAGUAGAUGAAUAUGUAAAAGUAUUGUCAGAAUGGAUAAUUGAUAAUCCUGAUAACUUGCCAGAAAAAUUAAAUUUGAUAAAGAAUUGUGGAGAAAAGAUAGCUGAAAUGGAUGGAAAGAAAGAUCAAAUAACAUUCCCAAAGGUAGAUUCUAGUGAAGAUGAGGAAGGAAAUAUAUCAGAAAUAGAGAAUGAAGAAAACACACAUGAAGAAGAAAUAGAAAUAAAUAACGUCGCAGAAAAUAUAGCGAUACUAGGUGUACAAAAUAACAGUGAAGAAGAGAGGUUAACAAGAAGAGACAAGAAAAAAAAAACGAGAAGAAAAGAAAAAAGAAAAAAAGAGAAAGCAGAAGGAAGAUAA